UUGGCUCGGGCGGUGCUGUGUUGCGGUGCGAGCGCGGUAGAGUGUGCGUGCCCUGGGCUGUCCCGUCGGUAUUUGACUUGCCCCUGUUCGUGUUUGUUGCGGAUCUGUUGUUCCUUUUGGGGUUGGGCACUGACGGUUGCAACUAGGAAGUAUUAGGCUGGCCUUUCUGGGGCUUUUUUGACCCAUGCCAGUCCAGUGAGGAAAAGGCCCCCCCUGGGUGAGCCCAGCACACAAUCAAUUAUAAUACAGUGUGAAAACUGCAGAGAUAGGGAUACACCAAAUAUUAAUGAAAACAUUGAAGAGAGACACCAAACUCAGAAUUCUGAAGAAGAGGUUGAGGAGUAUUGCCAUGGACAGCAGCCAUCAGAGUAAUUACAAACUCAGUAAAAGUGAGAAGUUCUUAAGAAAGCAGAUUAAAGCCAGGCAUACGUUGCUGAGACAUGAAGGCAUUGAGACAGUAUCCUGUGCCACUGAGAGCCUGGUUGUUGCCAAUGGUGGUCUGGGUAACGGUGUGAGCAGGACCCGGCUGCUCCUGGUCUUAGAGGCGUGCGGAGCGGUGGACGCUCUCCUGAUGCCGCCUACGAAGCCCUACUCAUUUGUAAGAUACAAAACUACAGAAGAAUCUGAGAAAGCCUGUGUUACCCUCAAUGGAAAAGAAAUAAUGAAAGAUUUAGGACAAAAGAUCAUUCUGUGCUUGAAUUUUGUGGAAAAAGGUAUAUUAUCAUACAGACAUCUUUUUAAAAAUGCCGCUUUUCUUUUAUAUGAGUUUUCUUAAGUUGGGAGGUUCAAAAUCGGACCCAGCCCCUUUUUGUUUGACAGACAUUCUAAGCGUGUGGUUUUGCCUUUUGUGACCGGUAGUUGAAGGGAGGUGAUUUAGACAUUGCCUACUUCUAAGGAGCUGGUCCCACCAACCCAGCAAUGUAUUUAUUAUGCAUGUUACUUGUUUUGGAAUGCUGCUACCUAAUUGUGUUUUAUUUAUUUAAUGUUGAGGAUUCAGAUCACUAAUUUAUUUUUCAGUGUUUUCCCAGAAGUUUUCAUUUAAUUACUUAAGAAUUGAUUGAUCCAAAUGUUUAUGUACCAAGCUUCAUAUUUAUGGAAGAACAUUGUUAUUCACAAAAGAUCCCCAAAGUUUAUAGUAGCACUGUCCAAUAAAACUUUCUGUGAUGAUGGAAAUAUUCAUAUGUUCAUAUCUGUGCUAACAUGCCUGUUUGAUUGAGGAACUGAUUUUUAAAUUUCUAAAUUUCUAAAUUUUAAUUUUAUUUAAAUUAAUUAAGUUAAUUUAUUUAAUAUAAAAGCUUUAUAGGCUGAUUUAUGGAAUUACUACAGGGAUUAUUACAUUGUUUCACUACUCUCCCAUGGAUAGGAGAUGUGUUAAGAUGAACUUUGGUUUAAACAUCUAAUCUCCUUCUGUUAUAUUUAUUUGCCACCUAUUUAAGCAAUUAAAGAAUUUUGUUUAGAUAUCCUGGGGGUGGGUAGGUGAGUAUAAUCUGAUCAAAUUUAUGUUUUUGUAAAAUAAGACUUAAAGGAAACUUAAAGAAAUUCCUUUAAAGGUAUAUUUUAAAAGUUAUAAUUCUCACUGCCUAUGUAUUUGACUUUAAAUCUGACUUCACAGAUUUUUAGAACUAGAUUGUAUUUUAUGUGCUCAUGAGUUUCUGAAAAAUUGAAUAGUUUUGAUCAUAAAAUACUGUCCUUGGGUAUUCCCUUAGGUAGUAUGUUGAACACUUUAAGAAAGUGUACAUAGUGAGUUUUGGAGUGUUCUUUAUUUGAAAUCCUACAUUAGAUCCAUAUGUAUU